AUGUCAUUAGAGGUGGAGCUGAUUUUCGCAGCUGCAAUAUUGGCAUGCUUGCAGUCUUUUGUCUUGCCUGAUGCCCAAGGAGAUGCUCUCUUUUCACUGAGGAGUUCACUAAAUGCUUCAAACAGUCAGCUCUCGAAUUGGUAUCCGAAUCAAGUUAACCCAUGCACUUGGUCGAACGUUCAGUGUGACCCAAAUAAUAAUGUCAUCACUGUAUCAUUGUCCAACAUGGGAUUUUCUGGUACAUUGUCUUCAAAAAUCGGAGUUCUGAAGACUCUUUUGACUCUUUCAUUGCAAGGAAAUGGCAUAACAGGUGAGAUACCGAAAGAGAUUGGAAAUUUAACAAGCCUGACAAUGUUGGAUUUGGAAAACAACCAUUUAACCGGAGAAAUACCAUCUUCCCUUGGCAAUCUUGAGAAGCUUCAAUUCUUGUUCUUGAAUCAAAACAACCUUACGGGGGAGAUUCCUGAAACACUCUCAAGUCUUCGUAAUUUGGUUGCUUUGCAGCUUGCUUCUAAUGGUCUAACCGGCCAAAUACCUCAGCAUUUAUUUCAAGUUCCAAAAUACAAGUAUGGGAAAUUUUUCUUUUUCUCCCCUUUGAUGACAUUUGCUCCUAGUUUAAUGAUAUGUGCUCCUGGUUUAAGCAGUGGAAGUUUUACAGGGAACCAUUUGAAUUGUAGCAUGAAUUUUGCCCGCCCUUGUGAUUCUGCUAGUGGAGGUUCUUUGCGUAAAUCAAAGACGGGAAUUAUAUUUGGGAUUGUUGGCGCACUUCUAGGUCUUCUUCUUCUCGGAGGCUUGUUCUUACUCUUGUGGAAGGCUAAGCAUAAAGGCUACAAGCGUGAAAUUUUCGUAGAUGUUGCAGGAAAAGAGGUCAUGCCUAGCAUCAAUUCUCUCGGUGUUAGGUCCCUCGCACCCAUGCAGCGGCAAAAGCAACUUCUUGGUUUGCCUUUGAGAAGUAUAGUCGUUACAGUUCUGCACUGGCUUGAUGAGACUUCGUUUUUGUCACAAAGUGGUCACCGAGCAACUCAGUCUGGGCUGAGGGAAGUUGACCGACAAAUUGCAUUUGGUCAGUUGAAAAGAUUUGCAUGGAGGGAAUUACAACUAGCUACAGAGAACUUCAGUGAGAAAAAUGUCCUUGGACAGGGAGGUUUUGGAAAGGUUUAUAAAGGAGUGCUUGCAGACAACACAAAAGUUGCCGUGAAACGGUUGACUGAUUAUGAGAGUCCUGGUGGGGAUGCAGCAUUCCAGCGUGAAGUUGAGAUGAUAAGUGUGGCUGUUCACAGGAACCUCUUACGACUGAUCGGCUUUUGCACCACACCAACGGAACGCCUUCUGGUGUAUCCCUUUAUGCAGAACUUAAGUGUUGCUUAUUGUCUAAGAGAAUUUAAACCAGGGGAGGCUGUUUUAGACUGGCCUACAAGAAAACGAGUGGCUUUAGGCACAGCACGUGGUCUAGAGUAUCUUCAUGAACAUUGUAAUCCCAAAAUCAUCCAUCGAGAUGUUAAGGCUGCUAAUGUGAUGCUGGAUGAAGAUUUCGAAGCUGUUGUUGGUGACUUUGGCUUGGCAAAAUUGGUUGAUGUGAGAAAGACUAACGUUACGACUCAAGUUCGUGGAACCAUGGGUCACAUAGCUCCAGAGUACUUGUCAACUGGGAAGUCAUCAGAAAGGACAGAUGUUUUUGGAUAUGGAAUUAUGCUUCUAGAGCUUGUAACAGGCCAACGAGCCAUAGACUUUUCACGCCUGGAAGAAGAAGAUGAUGUCUUAUUACUUGAUCAUGUCAAGAAAGUGCAAAGGGAGAAAAUACUAGAUGCUAUUGUAGACUGCAAUCUGAAUGACAAUUUCAACAUCGAAGAAGUUGAGAUGAUGAUUCAGGUUGCAUUGCUCUGCACUCAAGCAUCACCAGAGGACCGGCCGGCGAUGUCAGAUGUGGUCCGGAUGCUAGAAGGAGAGGGUCUUGCUGAGAGGUGGGAAGAAUGGCAGCAUGUUGAAGUUACCCGUAGGCAAGAGUAUGAGAGAUUACAGAGAAGAUUUGACUGGGGAGAAGAUUCUAUUUAUAACCAGGUCAAGAAAGUGCAAAGGGAGAAAAGACUAGAUGCUAUUGUAGACUGCAAUCUGAAUGACAAUUUCAACAUCGAAGAAGUUGAGAUGAUGAUUCAGGUUGCAUUGCUCUGCACUCAAGCAUCACCAGAGGACCGGCCGGCGAUGUCAGAUGUGGUCCGGAUGCUAGAAGGAGAGGGUCUUGCUGAGAGGUGGGAAGAAUGGCAGCAUGUUGAAGUUACCCGUAGGCAAGAGUAUGAGAGAUUACAGAGAAGAUUUGACUGGGGAGAAGAUUCUAUUUAUAACCAGGUGGCUGUUGAAUUGUCUGGUGGAAGAUGAGGAACCAACAUUGGAUAAUUGCUGGUUAGUAUUUGAUUAUUUGGCUUGAAUUGAUUGUUGUCAGUUGUCUAUCAAAGAUGCAUUUGAUUGGAACUGGUUGAGUAAUUAGGGAUUUCAUGAUCAUAUACAGUAUUGGAUGCAUGGAUAUAUGCAUAAACUGAUGGAUGUACGCAAAUAUGCAUAAACUGAUUGAGGAUGUACAUGUGAAUUUUUGCUUUUCUGGUUGUACCUUCUUGUUGAGAUACGUGUGAUAUGUGGAUACUUGAUCUGGAGGGGUAGGUGCAGAUGCAUUGCAGCCAGAGGGAACCUGUUAAGAAUGUCAUCAGCACUCUAUUCGUCAUGGAGUGAAGAUUACUGAAUUUUUUGUUGAGUAUACUCAGGUUUUGUAGGUGGGUGAUGGUUGGUUCUCAUUUGUCCAAGUGAUAUGUUGUUGGUGGGAAUUUGGAAUCAGACUCUUCAAAAUGAGGAUGAGGUGGGAGCCUAGACUGAAGACGUUGAGCUUUGACCAACUGCUUCUCCAUAUAGGGAAGGGAGGGCAGGGUUUGAGCCCCACUGGUGUUGGGCUCAUCUGCCUAUUGGGUAGGGGUUUUAAUCAAGUUGGGCCUGUUGGGUUCAAAUAUACCUUAAGUUGGUUAGAUUGACGCAGUAUAAGCUUGACUUGAUUUUAAAUUUUUGUUCAAACUCAGCUUGACACAAGUUUACGAGC